GGGGCCUAUAAGAAAGAGCAUUUAUCAUCUUCGCUUGGCAGCAAAACCCUAAUUCACCAGCCGCAGCUCUCCAGGUAAGGGUUUUUCGUGAGGCAGGGUUGAGAUGGCUCCAAAGGCUGACGGUACGAAAAAGGCCGACCCAAAGGCACAAGCAGUGAAAGCUGCCAAGGUUGUGAAAUCAGGCCCAACAUUCAAGAAGAAAGCUAAGAAGAUCAGGACUAAGGUCACUUUUCACAGGCCGAAGACAUUGACAAAGGAAAGGAACCCAAAGUACCCUCGUAUCAGUGCUCCUGGCAGGAAUAAGUUGGACCAUUACCAAAUUCUCAAAUACCCUUUGACUACUGAGUCUGCAAUGAAGAAGAUUGAGGAUAAUAACACCCUAGUUUUCAUUGUUGACAUCCGUGCUGACAAGAAGAAGAUUAAGGAUGCAGUGAAGAAGAUGUAUGACAUUCAGACCAAGAAGGUGAAUACUCUGAUCAGGCCUGAUGGAACCAAGAAAGCUUAUGUUAGGUUGACUCCUGAUUACGAUGCUUUGGAUGUGGCCAACAAAAUUGGAAUCAUCUAAGUUAAAAUUUUGCUGUUACUUUUCAUGAACAAAUUAAUGUCAUCUAUACCAAGACAGUUCUGUUAGGAAUGAUUCACCCUUGGGUGUUCAAGUUUUCAGUAGUUUGUAUUGAGAACCUUUUCUUUUCCUACUUUUGUUUUAUUAUUUACAUUAUCCAAGAUUUUUUAUGAAUGGUUUCAAGUCUUGUCUUCCCAGUA